CGCUAACCAGGUGGCGCCAGAGAACGCGCAGAGACAAAUAACGUCAUUGAACAAGAUCUCCGGGAACAUUAUUGAGCUUGUCUCCAACGCGAAGGAUGAGUGGGAGAGUGAGUCUGGGUCGAAGGCCAACCUGCCCAUGACGUACUCACAGGCUGACACCAACGCUCUAGUCAGCGCAGUCACGUUCGGAAAGAACCUCAAGCAGAUGAAGCCGCCCAACGUGUCUACGACCCCGAUGACACGACCUCCUGACCCCAGCAUGCAGCAAGGAAAUCCGGGGAAAACGCAGAGCAGCAUAAAGACGAGCAUCAAGUCAGCGAGUAACGUUCACCCGUAUUCUAGAUGAUUCCUCACUAGGUGGCGCCGCAACACCGAGGACUUGUUUAAUUACGUAUCAAUCUAAUAUCUAGUUGAUAAGUGCGAUAUUUCAAGUUUUCAACGUAAAUUAUAUGGAAAAUGUACAGAAUACUGGCUGGACGACAUUGGCGUAACUUUAUCAUGGUGUCGAAAUGUAUUAUUAAUUCAUUUUUGUUUACUUACAAUGUGUAAAUAGUCAUUUAUAGAUGUAGAGUAGUCAAUAAAGAUCGGAAUGGCAUAUACAAAUUCAUUAGUUUGUAUUAUU